AUGUCAUCACCCGUGCCUUCUGACCUUCAUGAACUCCCAAAGGUGGAGAACUGGUGGGGAUUUGCUAUUCUUUUCCGGUGGGAGGGCUUCUGGUAUAGAUCUCAUACACUAGAAGCAGCCAUAGCUGCUAAAUCAAGUUUCCAAGCUGAAGAUGAUCAUGUGGUGCUAGCAUCUCAACCCAAGGCAGGAACUGCCUGGCUUAAAAGCCUUGUUUUUUGCAUUAUAAAUAGCAAUGCCAUGUAUCAGGAUGAUCCUUUGGCAAAAACAUUUCCACAUGACCUGAUUCCUUCUAUCUGGAGUCCAAUCAUCAAUUCAUCAAGCAGUCCACCAAAGGUAUAUCACGUUCACAGACCUUACAGAAUGCUACCUGAUUCCAUCAAAAAAAUCAAGGUGUACGAUUGUAUAUAUUACUCGAGAUCCCAAGGAUGUGCUGGCUUCAUUAUGACACUUGUGUAA